AUGGCAAAGAGCAAGGUUUUAGUAGUGGGAGGAACAGGGUACAUAGGAAGAAGAAUAGUGAAAGCAAGCUUAGAACAAGGACAUGAAACAUAUGUGAUUCAAAGACCAGAGUUGGGUCUUCAAAUUGAGAAGCUUCAAAGACUUCUCUCAUUCAAGAAACAAGGUGCUCAUUUGAUUGAAGCAUCUUUUUCAGAUCACAAAAGCUUAGUUGAUGCUAUCAAGAAGGUUGAUGUUGUGAUCAGUGCCAUCUCUGGUGUUCAUAUUAGGAGUCAUAGUAUUGGCUUGCAACUCAAACUUGUUGAUGCUAUCAAAGAAGCUGGCAAUGUAAAGCGGUUCUUGCCUUCGGAAUUUGGGUUAGAUCCAGCAAGAAUGGGAGAUGCAUUGGAGCCAGGAAGAGUAACAUUUGAUGAUAAAAUGGCUGUAAGGAAAGCAAUAGAAGAAGCUAACAUUCCUUUCACUUACAUCUCUGCUAAUCUCUUUGCUGGAUACUUUGCUGGCAGCCUCUCUCAGAUGGGAUCUUUUGUUCCUCCAAGGGACAAAGUUCAUCUCUUUGGAGAUGGAAAACUCAAAGCUGUGUUUUUGGAUGAAUAUGAUGUUGCAACAUAUACAAUCAAGACAAUAGAUGAUCCUCGAACCUUAAACAAAACAUUAUACCUUAGACCACAAGAAAACAUUCUCUCCCAAGGAGAACUUAUAGGAAUUUGGGAGAAACUCAUUGGAAAGGAACUGGAGAAGACAUAUAUACCUCCCGAAGGCUUUCUCACAACAUUGAAAGGGUUGGAUUAUAAACUUCAAGUAGGAAUUGGACACUUCUAUCACAUUUUCUAUGAGGGUUGUUUGACAAACUUUGAAAUUGGAGAAGAUGGAGAAGAAGCAUCUGAGCUUUACCCUGAGGUGAAUUACACACGCAUGGAUGAGUACCUGAAAAUUUAUGUGUAA